UAUUGUUUUUAAACCAAAUGUUUUAURUUUUAGAUAUUAUGGUUAUCGUAAUCCAGAUGAUGAAGAUAAUAGACUGAAAGUCUUAGGUGAACGUAUGGAUUUAUUUUAUGGCAAGGACGUGUUGGACAUUGGCUGCAAUAUUGGUCAUGUUACUUUCAGUGUUGCCAGAGAUUUUGGUGCAAAGUCUGUCGUAGGAAUGGAUAUUGACCGUAAACUAAUAAAUAUUGCACGCAAAAAUGUACAGUAUUACAUUAAUGAUACAGCACAGACUUCCUCACAUCUAUCUUCAAAUUACCAUUUUAAAGAUUUUGCUUCAAGAAACAGUAAUGAUCCAGACUGUGAUAUAAUUGAAUCAUUUCCUAUAUCAUUACCUAUGUUAUAUGGUCCAAUUAAUUUAGCUGGUUUAACACUAUCUGGAAGAUUUCCUUACAACGUCUCUUUUGUACAGGGAAAUUAUGUAUUAGAAUCUGAUUUUUUACUUUCAUUGGAAACGUGUAAGUUCGACGUUAUUCUUUGUUUAAGUAUUACCAAAUGGCUUCACUUGAACUGGGGCGAUGAUGGUUUGAAACGAGCAUUUAAACGUAUGUUUGCCCAAUUGCGACCCGGUGGAAUACUUGUGGUGGAGCCUCAGCCGUGGAAAUCUUACAGUCGCAGGAAAACAUUGACGGAAACCAUUUGGAGAAAUUACAAAAACAUUCUGUUGAAACCUCCAAUGUUUACAGACUAUCUGUUGAACGAAGUUGGUUUUGCCAACUGUGAAACCCUUACUAUGCCUUAUAAUCCAUCUAAAGGAUUUCAGCGUCCACUCAAGUURUAUAGAAAACCUAAAAUAUUAAUAACUAGAAAUAAACCAAAGUGUACGAUAGUUCAACCAAAUGAAACCCAAAAAUCAUAAACAUGGUAUUUAAAUAAUCAUUGAACUUAUUUAAGACAAUUUAAGUAUAAAAUAUUUAUGUUUUUAGCACUGUAAUUUAGAAACUGGACCACGUUAUUGACUUUAUUACCAAAUUGUUAUUUAAUAUUUUUUAUUUCUCAUAAUAGGUAAUGCAUAAUACAAAUUCUAUUCAUUGUACUAUUUGUGAGAUGAAUAAA